AAACAAGGCAGAAACCCCAGCUUUUCUUACCAUAGACAUAGCACACUAUGGGCUACAAGAUGCGCGAAACCCCGAUUGAAAAGCGCUCCCGCACCUUGGAAGGUUCCCUAGUUAGUGAAGUUCUUGAGUCCAUGACAUCAACACGAUUAUCACUGACAUGCCGUUUCGAUUCUAUACAAGGUUCUUUUCUAAAAUUUUCUAAGCAAUAAUGUUUAAUCAUAGGCAAAGCUUCUUUUAACGAAUAAGCUCGAUUCAUUUAACUAUUAUUUAGUUCUGAUCUCCGAACGAUACCAAAUGGCUUUCUUUUCUAUUUCAUCUACAUUCUUCAUAUAGCAAAUGCAUACAACUUUUCAAACUUUCACCACGCAUCUUAGCAAAGAUUCGAGAGAAUGGAAGCUUCUGUCUACUACUAUAUAUGGUACAUUUCAUUUGAACUAUACAAAACUCAUGACUUAAAAGAUUGUCUUCUCAUCAGCAUCUUCUCUAUGCCAUAUUAAAAGAAAUAUUGAGAUUUUUAAUAUUAUCCUGAAAAAAACAAAGAAAAAUUCUGAAAACGACAUAUUAUAGACAACUGUGUCUUGGUCAGAGUUCGAACAAAAAUAAUUGUAUUAAAAUAAUAUUUUGAUCUAAAAUAUCGAACGUACAACCUGCUUAUACUUUUCUAAUUAGACCUUAUAGAAGAUAAUUUUUUUGACGAUAAGAAAAUAGAUUCAAAGUUAUAUUAAAAGUUUUUUGCAGUCGAUUAAAUUGUAUUUAUAAUUAUUCAUUUUUCUUUUUUAUUAUAGACAAUAAUUCAACUCAACUAGAACUUAUUUUACUUGUUUAUCGUUUUCUAAAUGAAGAAUUAACAAUUUAUGCUCAAUCAAUUCAAGCACAACGUCGUCGACAAAUUCUAAAUCAAAUACAAAAACGUUUAAAUGAUAUUUUAUUAUGUUUAAUUCGUAUAUCAAAUGAUCUUUUAACUAUUCCAGAACAACAUGAACGUUUAACACAAACAUGUCUUUUAUGUGUAAAUAGUUUUCUUACAUGGGUUGAAUAUAAUCAUUUUGAACAAUAUGAAUUAUUUCUUUGUGAAUUAUUUUUAAAAUUUUUUCAAUUGAAUUCUGUUAAAUUACGUCAUGCUUCAUUUGAAUGUUUACUUAGUCUUGUUAAUAAACGUUUAGCACGAAGACAAUUACAACAACAACAACAACAAAGAAACAAACGUAUUGCUUCAGCACCUUCAUCUGCAUUAAAUUCUCAACAAGAAAAACUAUUUCUCAAUUAUUUUCUUGGAGAUAAUACAUUAGAAAUAUUCUAUCGACUAAUAAUUAGUCCAACAGAUUCAAUUGAACAAUUACGUUCCAUAGUAACAAAUGAUCAUAUAAAUUGUUUAAAAAUGCUUGGUCAAUUACUUGUUAAAUUAUCAAAUUAUUUAUUACAAUUAUUUCAACAAUUAGCAACAAAAUCGAUUGAUGAUAAUGAUUUUUUAACAUUUGUUAAUGAACGUACACGUUCAUUUUUACAAUUUCUUCUUUUACUUAAUCAACAUCCAUUCCAUUUAUUAUCAUUAAAUUCUUAUCAAGCAUUAAAUUUAUUUAUUAUUCGACAAACAACAUUAUUAUCGAAUGAACAAUUUUGUUUAAAAUUAAUUUUUAAUUUAAAACAAUCAUUGCAUCGUAUUCAUUUUCCACCACCAUCAUCAUCAUCAAUGUCAGCAGCAUUUAUUGAUAAUGAAAAUGAAAUAUUAAAAACACAAUAUAUGCAUAAUCAACAAUGUUUUAUUUAUGCAUUAUUUGAAUAUGAUAGUGAAGAACAAUUCUUCUGGAAAUUUUUUUCACAAUAUAGAAGUGAAUUACAAAAAUUAAUUAAAUCAUUUAUUGGUUUAUUCUUUACUGAAACUGUUGAAAGUAAGUUAUAUAAAUCAAAUUGACAUAUUUGACUAUAGAUAGGUUACUAUCUUGUUUUAUUUCGCAUCGAAAAAAUGCAUUGAUAAUGGAUAAUACUAGAAUGAGAAUAACUUUUGAUUUAAAUCAAGAAAUAAAUUUUUCCGUAGAAUAAUAUUUUUUUUUUUCUAUCACAUUAUUGGUAUCUAGUUAUCGAAUAAAAUAUGCAUGAAGCAGAGAUGGAACCGGUCUGAAAUUUUCACAACCGGUACCGGUACCGGUCUGAAAAGUUCAGACCGGACCGGACCG